AUAUAAAAAAUAACCAUAUUUAUUAUCUUAAUCUAUUUAAACUAAUCCUAAAAAGUAAACAAUGCCUAGUUGCCUUUGCUUAAAACCCUCAAACUAUCUUCAAAAGUUAAAAAAAAAAAACCCUCAUAAGCUCUACUGUAACUAAAUAUCUCUCUCACUUUCUCUCUCAAGAACCUUCCAAAAACCUCCAAAAAAUGGCAGCUGCAGCGCCACCGCCGCCUCCGUCCGAAGCCCCCAUCCUCCUCCCUGAAACCACCCCUCCCGGCGACUCGCUCUUCACCCGCAUCCGCCUCGCCACCGCCGCCGACGUCCCCCACAUCCACAAGCUCAUCAACCAAAUGGCCGUCUUCGAGCGCCUCACCCAUCUCUGCGAAGCCACCACGGAGUCUCUCUCUGCCACCCUCUUCCCCCCCUCCGCCCCUCCGCCCUUCACCUCCUUCACCGUCUUCAUGCUCGAGCUCUCGUCCGCCCCCUUCCCUCCCGCCGCCAACGACAACCCCCAUUUCAACCCUAUUCUCAAACCCGUCCACCUCGACCUCCCGAUCGACGAUCCGGAGAGAGAUGGUUUCAGGAGCAACGCCCUCGGCGGCGAUGUUUUAGGGAAUGAUGUUACUAUCGGUGGAUUCGUGCUGUUUUUCCCCAAUUAUUCGACGUUUCUGGCGAAGCCAGGGUUUUACAUCGAGGACAUUUUCGUGAGGGAGUGCUACCGGCGGAAGGGGCUCGGGAAAUUGCUGCUGUCGGCGGUGGCCGCGCAGGCGGCGAAGAUGGGGUACGGGAGGGUGGAGUGGGUGGUUCUCGAUUGGAAUGUGAAUGCCAUUAAGUUUUACGAGCAGAUGGGGGCGAAGAUUUUGCCGGAGUGGAGGAUUUGCAGGCUGAGCGGCGAGGAGCUUCACGCUUUCGGCGGUAUCAACCUCUGAUACGACUGCGUCUUCGAGGGGAAUGAUGAUCUGCGGCGUCAGUUUUGAGCUCCGCGAAACCCUCGAAGGUUUAUUGUUUCUUGUCAUGUUGAAUUAUGAGUUAUAAGACAUAUCGAGUUAUGAAAUCUUUCUGUGUUAUUGAAUCUCGUAUUUGCUUCA